AUAUUAAAGUUGGUAGACAUGGCUGUGUGACAAAAACAAACACAAAACAAAGCAAAAAGAUAACAAAAACAUCUGAUCAAAAUUCCCGCUAUUCAUUUGUUGCAUUUUUAAAGGAUAAUUAAGUUUUAACUCUGUUUCAAAAAUAAGUGACGAAAUAUAAUUGUGUCAAUUAAUUAAGUAUUUUUGUUUCGUUUACAUCUAGCUAAUAAAAUUUUAUCUAGAUAGUGCAAUGGCUACCGUCGAAGAAUUUGAAACUUUAGACGAAGAGGUUAGAGAACUUAUUGAAAACUAUAAACACAAAAGAGCGACUGCGUAUGAACCUUGUACACUCAAUAAUAUUAAAGAGUGCCUAAUUGGACUCAGUGAAGAGUUCGGGUUGCUCAAUAUCAGUUACAUUUUUAAUCCACAUUUAGACGUGAUUAAUAACACCAUACGCUGUAAAGCCGUCGUCAAUCUUAUAAAUGCAGUAUGGACAUUACUCCAAAAUUUUAAAAAUGUAUCGGACAAGGCAGCUAAUCUUGAAGAGCAGAAUCAUAUACUGGAUCAUAAUAAUAAACAACUGAAUGGAUUAGUUGGAAGGUUGAAAGAGAAGAUAAGUUUGGAGAAAAAUGAAUCAAAAGCAUGUGUUGCAUCAGCACAAAGGAUUUCGGACCAGUCUGAUACCAUGUUGCACAAGAUGAAUGACAUGCGUGCUAAGUUGUUACAAGUCACUAAACAGAAGGAAGCCGAAGAACGACAAUUACAAAACGAAAUCACCAGGCUUAAGUUACAAAAUGAAAAGCUUAUGGAUAGACUGAGGAAUAAAGAUGUUCAUAGCCACCCUAACAAUGCAUCUCAUGCUGCAUGUAAAAGUUUGAAAUCGGAACAAGAAGACUACACCCAACAUUUGAAGAAAGUUAUAAGUAAUCUGGAAAAAAACAAUCAAAUGUUACUACAAGAAGUUCUGAAACUUAAAGAAGAACUCCUUUUCAGAGGAAUGGAUCAAUUUACCUUAGACAAUGGAAAAAAUAAAUAACUUUCCUACAUAUUUCAUGUCUAAAGUUACCUAAGUGAGCUGUGACUAAUCUUUUUAAUUUAAUAAUGUUAUCACCUAACUGACUGAUUAGUAGGUUUUAAUGAUCAGUAUUAUAGCAUUUAACUAAUGAUAAUUAUGUACAAACUAAACAUGGCUAAGUGAUCAUUGUUACAUUAGAGCUGAGCUCCGAAGUGUUAUUUAAAAUGUUACUAAUUUUAUAAGGUUGAAUCUCAAAUAAAAGUUAAUAU